UACAGAUGCUAACUUUAUGGUCCUGACUCUCCUGAGAUCUCACAGCUCUAGAUGGAUGGCAUAGGGCUUGGAAAUAGAAGAGGAGUUGGACAGUUAAAGAUGCUGUUAACUUGUAUGAUGAAAGGGUUGCUUGUACUGAUGAUACUCCUUCAUUGAAGAAAAUUCAGAUGGAAGUCUCAUUGAAUUUUGAUGAUUCGGUGAAGAAACCUGCAUCACAUGGGCCAUGGGGAGGAAGCGGAGGAUCACAUUGGGAUGAUGGGGUGUACUCUGGUGUAAGGCAACUGGUGAUAGCUCAUGGGACAGGAAUUGACUCCAUUCAGAUUGAAUAUGACAAAAAAGGGUCCUCUAUCUGGUCACAGAAGCACGGUGGAAGUGGCGGCCACAAAACUGAUAGGGUGAAGCUUGAUUACCCUGAUGAGUUCUUAACUUCAGUUCAUGGAUAUUAUGGUAGCUUAAACCAAUGGGGGCCAAACUUUGUUCGGUCACUAAGUUUCGUGAGUAACAAGAAAUCUUAUGGACCAUUUGGUGUUGAACAAGGGACACACUUUUCAGUGUCAGCGAGUGGGACCAAGAUUGUUGGGUUCCAUGGCAAGUGUGAUUGGUACCUAGAUGCCAUUGGAGUAUAUAUGAAGCCCUUGAAGCAACCAAAGCCUUCCAAACUUCUUGUUCAGCCACAGAACCAGAUUGCUAGUACUAAUAAUUUUGGUGGUUUUUCUGUGAUACAAGGAAGUGUGGGCGAAACCUAUGAUAUUGUUCUUGCUGUAAGGCAGAAGGACAAUUUCGGUAUGCUUCAGUCGAACAAUGUCCCAAGGAAGAUUUCUCACAUCAAAGAAUCCAAAAAUACAGAACACAAAGAAAAGGUACAAGAGCCUGAGUCUCAAACUAAUAAUGUUCCUGGGAAGAUUUCGCACAUCAAAGAAUACAACAAUAUAGAACAGAAAGAAAAGAAUAUGUCUUUGUUUCAGACAGCACAAUUGGAGAAGUUGCCUCCAAAGGUCGCAGGCGUGGUCAAAUACAAGGCAUGUGGUGGCACUGGUGGAAUUCUUUUCGACGACGGAUGCUAUACUGGAAUCAGGCAAAUCAACUUGUCGCGUAACGUUGGAAUUGUAUGGAUUAGAGUUUUGUAUGAUUAUGAAGGAGAGUCCAUUUGGGGAUACAAACAAGGUGGGACAGGAGGAUUCAAAACAGAUAAGAUAGUAUUUGAUUUCCCUUAUGAAGCGCUGACACAUAUAUCUGGUUACUAUGGACCUAUGAUGUACAUGGGACCUAUUGUUAUAAAAUCGCUUACUUUCCACACAAGUAAGAGGAAGUAUGGUCCAUUUGGGGAUGAACAAGGAACUUAUUUCACCACAAAGGAGAAAGAAGGUAAAGUGCUUGGCAUUCAUGGGAGAAAAGGUCUAUUCCUAGAUGCUAUUGGUGUUCAUGUAGCCGAAGGGAAAGUUAUCGUGCCAGCGGCAACACCUCCCAGAGAGAUCACAGCUACCAAAUUGAUGCUAGCUAAACCAGGAGCAGCAGAAGAGGUUUCUUGUGGCGUAAUCAAAGAACCAGCUCCGUGUGGACCAGGCCCGUGGGGUGGAGAUGGAGGUCGACCUUGGGACGAUGGCGUCUUUUCGGCCAUCAAGCAGAUUUAUCUGACAAAAGACAAAGAAGGCAUUUGCUCUAUUCAAAUUGAAUAUGACAGAAAUAAGCAAUCUGUAUGGUCUGUAAAGCAUGGUGGCAAUGGAGGAGACACCAUGCACAGGAUAAAACUGGAGUAUCCACAUGAAGUCCUUAGUUGUAUAUCUGGCUACUAUGGAUCAAUCACUAAGGAUGAGAAGCAUAUAAUUAUCAAAUCACUGACUUUCACUACCAGCAGAGGGCAAUAUGGUCCAUAUGGUGAAGAAGUAGGGAAAUUCUUCACCUCAACCACUACAGAGGGCAAGGUGGUUGGUCUUCAUGGGAGGAGCAGCUUUUACUUGGAUGCCAUUGGGGUCCAUAUGCAACACUGGCUUGGACAUCAAAAAGCUUCAAGGUCCUCACUCUUUAAGCUAUUUUGAUCAUGUGUUCUUGAGCAAUGAUGCACUAAUUUCGUAUUUGGAGAAGUGUUUAAGGGGUUUCAAUUUUUUUAGUAAUAAUAACACUUGAAGAAUAAUCAUGUGAUCAGAUUUUAACAUG